AGCAUCGCUCAAUCCACAAAGAAAGGGAAUAUUAAAAAAAAAACAUUUCUAUUAGAAAAAAAAAAUGGAAGGUCUUCUGCACUUUCUUUUAGCUAAAAUAAUCUUGUUGGCUUUAGCAUCUUCGUUUGUAUAUUGUUACGACCCAAAUCCUCUUCAAGACUACUGUGUUGCCACCAACGAAACUAAAGGAGUUUAUGUAAAUGGAAAGUUCUGCAAAGAUCCAAGACGUGUAACGGCGAAUGAUUUUUAUACUUCCGGCCUAAACGUUCCCGGAAACACCAGCACCGGUCCCGGCGCCAAAAUCACAGCCGUGGAUGUCGAAAGAAUGCCUGGUCUCAACACUCUCGGGGUCGGCAUGGCCCGCAUUGACUUCGCCCCGGGCGGUCUAGUCCCACCUCACACGCACCCACGUGCCAGCGAGAUCUUCCUAGUUAUCAAGGGCAAGCUUUUCGUUGGAUUUGUGUCGUCAGAUGAAUAUAACUACACGCUCUUCACCAAAGUUCUUUAUCCCGGAGAUGUAUUUGUGUUUCCCAAAAGUUUACCACAAUUUCAUGCGAAUGUGGGGAAGACAAAUGCGGUUGUGAUUGCUGCAGCUGGGAGCCAAAACCCCGGUAGGAUCAUAAUAGCAUCUUCGUUUGUAUCUUGUUACGACCCAUCUCCUCUUCAAGACUACUGUGUUGCUAAGCCUACCAACGAAACUAAAGGAGCUUUCGUAAAUGGAAGAUUCUGCAAAGAUCCAAAACUAGUAACAGCCAAUGAUUUCUUUGCUUCUGGCCUUAACAUCCCGGGAAACACCAGCAACCGCCUUGGCUCCUUUGUCAACCCCGCUAAUAUCCCUGGUUACAACACUCUUGGGGUCGCCAUCGCCCGCAUUGACUUCGCCCGCAUUGACUUUGCCCCUGGUGGUCAAAUCCCACCGCACAUACAUCCACGCGCCUCCGAGGUCCUCUUAGUCGUCAAGGGCAAGCUUGAAGCUCCUAGUCGGUUUUGUGUCGUCGAACGAGUACAACUACACACUUUUCUCCAAAAUUCUUUAUCCGGGAGAUGUAUUUGUUAUCCCCAUCGGAUUGGUGAUGCAGUUUUCGGGUCGAGGCCUUCGAUUGACCCAAAGAUUUUGGCUAAAGCUUUUGCGUUGGAUAUCAACAUAGUGAGAUAUCUUGGGAGUGUGCUUCUACAUAUUGAAGACAAAUGUGGUCAAAAUUUGGAUUUAGAAAGAGCUGAUCAGUACUUGGAUCAGAAGAUCUCAAAGGGAUCGAAGAAAUCUUCCGAUGAGGACAAGCGUGCUUCUGCUGCAAUGUCAUCUUCAACUCUUCUCCUACCUUCAAAAGCUAUUAGUAAGCCAAAACUGUCCCAAGGUUCAAAUGCUUUCCUUCAGUGCUUGGCAUUGACUCGGCUGCUAAUAUCAUACCUUAUUAGGGGAUUACACUCUAAAACAUGUGAAGAAGCAACAGUCUCUGUCCCACAGUCCAAAGACAAAAACAUCAGAUGCUCCAUCACCAAUACGAUCAAUCCAGAUAGAAGAAAAAGCCAUGAAGGAUCUGCGCCGCUUCUACAGCAGCGUGAAGGUAGUCAGAAACCAGCCUUGAUGAUGGAUCUGUUAGAACUUAGAACCAAGAACCUCACGGUGAAAAUGAAGUUGUUUGAUGCUCAUUGUCACCUCCAAGACAAGAGGGUCAUCGACGAAGCCUCUCAGCUCAUAUCUGCUGCUUUUAGCUGUCGGUGUUACCAAUUUCGCAGUCAAUGGAACCUCCGAGAAUCUUCUGAUUCCCCUCUACUUGGCAACGAAACUGCAGGAGAUGAAAAGUAUUUUGGAAAGAGAAGAAAAAUUGCUUCCUGGAGUAUAGCUCAUGUGUGCAUAGGUGUCCUAGGUCUUGCUUCAGCAGCUUCAGCUGAGCGUCUUCCAAUGUUGUUUAUCAUCUUAACCACUGGGGCAAUAACUGCUCUAUGCGUGAGUUUGUUGGGUUCCCUUUUGGCUCAGGUACUAACCAAUUCUAUCGUUCUGAAAAUCCAAGUUCAGGAGAUUUUCCCACGAACUCAAGUACCAGUGAAAAGCACAAUAGCUGUUGGUGUGCUUGCCGCUGCACUCGCAUUUUUCAUGGAUUUUGCACAGUUGUCCGAGAUGGUUUUCCCGGUUCAAUUAGAGACUGUGUUACUAGAAGGAGCAUACAUGCUUCUUUAUGCAAGGUCACUACUUGAAUUGGUUAUGGUUCUCCCAAACUCAUACAAUGUUCAUGGAGGCUGGAGCUGCGCUUGGGGAGAAGGAACCUUUGGGUGGCCAUAUGAGGUAGCUGAAAAGAUAAAUAGUAAUCCAGUUGCUGCCGAGGCUACCAUUUUGUCGCUUCACCAGUCCCCACAGCCGUAUAAGGCAUGUAGAUAUAUUCUUGAAAAUUCUCAGGUGGCAAAUGCUAGGUUUCAAGCUGCUGCAGCUAUACGAGAAGCAGCUAUCAGGGAAUGGAGCUUUCUUGCCACAGAUGAUAAAGGGGGUUUGAUUAACUUCUGCCUUGGCUAUGUCAUGCAGCAUGCUAAUUCAUCCGAGGGAUAUGUGCUUUCAAAAGUAUCUUCUGUGGCAGCACAGCUGAUGAAAAGAGGCUGGCUUGAGUUUACUCCAGCCGAGAAGGAAGUCUUUUUCUAUCAGAUCAACCAGGCUAUUCUUGGUUCUCGUGGCUUAGAUGUGCAGUUCAUCGGUGUAAAUUUUCUUGAAUCAUUGGUAUCUGAAUUCUCACCCUCUACUUCAAGUGCCAUGGGUCUCCCUAGGGAAUUUCAUGAAAAUUGUCGCAAGUCACUAGAGCAAAACUUUUUGAAGACUUUCUAUCAGUGGACACAAGAUGCUGCUUUGAGUGUUACAAACAAGAUUAUCGAAUCGCAUUCUAGUGUCCCUGAGGUUAAGGUUUGCAAUGCUACACUGCGAUUAAUGCAUCAAAUACUAAAUUGGGAGUUUCGUUACAGCAAAGGUGGCACAAGAGCCAGCAUUAAUGUAUUCUCUGACGGAAUUAGACCUGAUAAUGCAUUAUCAAGAAAGACAGAAUGUGUAAUAGUUCAGCCUGGAGCUUCGUGGUGUGAUGUUUUGCUUUCAAGCUCACAUGUUGGAUGGCUGAUAAAUUUAUAUUCGUCGGUGAGGCAGAAGUUUGAUCUUGAAGGCUAUUGGCUAGAUUGUCCUGUUGCAGUCUCUGCUCGGAAACUUAUCGUGCAAUUGUGCUCCUUGGCAGGGGAAAUAUCUCCAUCCGACAAUGGGCAGAUGCAAGAGCAACAUCUGCUCCUCCUGCUGUCGGGUGUGUUGCCCUGGAUUGAUCCUCCUGAUGUCAUUUCAAAGGAAAUUGAAGAAGGAAGGAGUGGAAGUGAGAUGAUUGAUGGUUGUCGCGCAUUGUUAUCUAUUGGGACUGUUACUACUCCUGUUGUCUUUGACAAACUCUUGCGAUCAUUAAGGCCCUUUGGCACCCUUACACUCUUAUCUAUGUUAAUGGGUGAAGUUGUCAAAGUACUAAUGGCAAAUAGUACUGAUGAAGAGACCUGGAGCUAUGAGGCACGCAAUAUCUUGCUAGAUACCUGGACCACACUCCUUGCUUCAAUGGAUGGUUCUGGGGGUAAUGCGAGGCUACCACCUGAGGGGAUGCAUGCUGCAGCUAGUCUUUUUUCAUUGAUUGUGGAAUCUGAACUAAAAGCAAAGUUUGUUUCUCUAGUGGCAUCUGCGUCAGCUACUACUGAAGAUGAUGCUGACUGCCUGGCUUCUGUAUCCGCCAUGGAUGAAAGACUAGGCUCUUAUGCUCUCAUUGCAAGGGCAGUAGUCGAUGCUACAAUUCCAUUUUUAGCAAAACUUUUCUCUGAUCAUGUUGCACGCCUCCAUCAGGGCAGGGGCACUGUUGAUCCGACUGAAACUUUGGAAGAGGUCUACUCUUUGCUGCUAAUAAUCGGUCAUGUACUUGCAGAUGAAGGGGAAGGGGAGACUUCCUUGGUUCCUGAUGCGUUGCAAUCUCAUUUUGUGGAUGUUGUUGAGGCAAACAACCACCCUGUCGUGGUACUCUCAAGCUCAAUAAUAAAAUUCGCCGAGCAAUGUUUGGAUCCAGAAAUGAGAUCAUCGAUCUUUAGUCCUCGGCUAAUGGAGGCAGUCAUAUGGUUCCUGGCAAGAUGGUCUUUCACAUAUCUAAUGCUCGUUGAAGACUGCAAUUUGGGUAGCAACCAGCUUCAGUCUCUACCUUCCAGAGCAUGUUUAUUCACGUUUUUCAACGAACACAAUCAGGGGAAGUUUGUCCUUGAUAUAAUUGUCCGGAUCUCCUUGACAUCGCUCAUGUCUUACCCUGGUGAAAAGGACUUGCAGGACUCCUGGCGUAACCUGGCAAAUGCUUUUGCAAAUGACAAAACAUUGUUUUUACUAAAUAGUGUUAGUCAGCGUUCAUUGGCUCAAACCCUUGUUCUUUCUGCUUAUGGAAUGCGAAGUUCAGAUGCAUCAAAUCAAUAUGUGAAGGACCUCAUGGCUCAUAUGACAUCAUCUCUAGUGGACUUGUCCAAUAACAGUGACCUUAAAAAUUUGGCUCAACAACCUGAUAUUAUCAUGCUGAUUAAAUGCCUCCACAAAUCUGAGCGAUCGGAGCUGAUAAUGGAUCUAACUGUCGAGAUUGAUGGGAAGCCUCGAAGAAGCACUUGCUCAAUUUACAGCCUAGGAAGUCCUAGAUGGAGGGAACCUAAGGCCCAAAAGAAAUUGAUGAUAUUGGAAGGACCCAAUAUUCUUACUGUCGUGGUGAAACGUUUUCAGUCUGAUAACUUUGGAAAGCUGAGCAAACCCAUCAAUUUCCCCGAGCUUCUCGAUAUUAGCCCGUAUAUGAGUGAUCCAAAUCACGGGGAUCAUCCCGUGUUUAGUCUCUACGCAGUGGUGGUCCAUUUGGAUGCUAUGAGCACUUCAUUUUCAGGCAUCGUUUUUUGGAGGUUUGGACAAACUUCCUGUGUUCUUAGCUCGACAAACUAUACCCGGGGUUGGUAUUUUCCUUUUGGAUUAAAUGGGACACUUGCCGGAUCUGCUGUAGUAUUCUUCUCAUACAUUGGAUUUGAUACUGUAACUAGUACGGUUGAGGAGGUACAUCUUAACCACUGGGGCAGUAACUGCUCUAUGCGCGAGUUUGUUGGGUUCCCUUCUGGCUCAGCCACGAAUUGUCAUGACAUGGCUAGGGGUGGAUUGUUGCCGGCUUUUUUUUCAGAAAUUAGCCCACGAACUCAAGUACCAGUGAAAAGCACAAUAGCUAUUGGUGUGCUUGCCGCUGCACUCACAUUUUUCAUGGAUGUUGCACAGUUGUCCGAGAUGGUUAGUGUAGGCACUCUAAUGGCAUUCACUGUCGUUGCAGCCUGUGUGCUAGUUCUUAGAUAUGUGCCAACAGAUGGAGUUCCCCUAUCAUCACAUUGGGACUUUGGUAAUAAUUUUGAGUCUGAUGAACUCAUUAAGCAAUGUUUGAUUGAUCUCAAGGCCUUUGGUAAUAAACUCUGUUUUGUGGCAUGGUUGAGGUCACUAGAAUCGGUUAUGGUUCUCCCAAACUCAUACAACGACCAUGGAGCUGCGCUUGGGGAGAAGGAACCUUUGGGUGGCCAUAUGAGACCUUGCUUUGAAUUCUUCCAGUUCACUGCUAAGUCGUGUGUUUCGAUAGUGAAGCUGUACAUGAAAGGCAAAGGCAAAGACGAGCUCGGCAGAGAUUCUUUCAUGCUUGUGAGAUUCCCAAGAGAUGAAGGGAGAGUCGGAGAGAUCCAUCAAGAUUCUGGAACAUCCCUAGAGAACUCAUUGGAAGAUAUAUCGAGUAACGCAAACAAUGACUCGGGGUCGAACCUUGGGAAUUCACCUGCAUCUUCGCUUGUAUAUUGUUACGACCCAUCUCCUCUUCAAGACUACUGUGUUGCCACCAACGAAACUAAUGGAGUUUAUGUAAAUGGAAAGUUCUGCAAAGAUCCAAAAUGUGUAACGACGAAUGAUUUUUAUACUUCCGGCUUAAACGUCCCCGGAAACACCAGCAUCGGUCCCGGCACCAAAAUCACCGUCGUGGAUGUCGAAAGAAUGCCUGGUCUCAACACUCUUGGGGUCGACAUUGCCCGCUAUGACUUCGCCCCGGGUGGUCUAGACCCACCUCACACACACCCGCGUGGCAGCCAGAUCUUCUUAGUCAUGAAGGGCAAGCUUUUCGUUGGAUUUGUGUCGUCGAAUGAAUACAACUACACGCUCUUCACCAAAGUUCUUUAUCCGGGAGAUGUAUUUGUGUUUCCCAAAGGUUUGAUACAAUUUCAUGCGAAUUUUGGGAAGACAAAUGCGGUUGUGAUUUCUGCGGCUGGGAGCCAAGAGCCCGGUAGGAUCAUAAUAGGUGAUGCGGUUUUCGGAUCGAAACCUUUGAUUGAUCCCAAGGUUUUGGCUAAAGCUUUUGCGUUGGACUUGAACAAAGUGAAAUAUCUUCAGGCAGUUUCGCCGUCGCCGGAACUCAUGGAUCGACCACCGUCGUUUCCUCACUAUCAACACCCUAAUCCGAACUUCUUCCACCACGUUCCUCCUCCAAAUCCUAAUCCUAAUUUCUUCUUCCGACCUCCUCCAGCUCAUCUUCAAAAUCCUAACAAUUACUCCAUCGCUCCUCCGUCUCCGCCGCCGAUUCGCGAGCUCUCCGGUACACUCACUUCUUUACAAUCCCUGUUGUCGGAAUGUCAAAGAACCUUAGAUUCUCUCUCGCAAAAUCUAGCUUUAGACCACUCUUCGCUUCUCCAGAAGGACGAAAAUGGCGGUUUCGUUCGUUGCCCUUUUGAUUCAAAUCACUUAAUGCCACCUGAAGCUCUCUUUCUCCAUUCACUUCGUUGCCCAAAUCCUUUUGACCUCACUUAUCUUCUUGGAUCCUUUAGUUGUUACCGGAGCUCACUCGAGUUCAAAUGUUGUGAACUACAGUUGAAUAAUAACGGUGAUAUCUGUGUCUCUUUAGAUGACUUCGCUGAUUUUGGGAGAAAUUUCUUUUACAGAGAUUGUCCAGGAGCUGUUAACUUCUCUGAGCUCGAUGGUAAAAAGCCAACUUUAACACUUCCUAAUGUUCUAUCUGUGGAAUGUAGCGAUUUUGUAGGUUCUGAUGAGAAUGAGAAAAAGAGUGUGUUGGAUAAAUGGUUAGGAGUUUUACCGUCUGAUCUCUGUGCAAUAAAGAGUGAGAUUAAUCAAUGGAAGGAUUUCCCAAGUUCGUAUUCCUAUAGUGUUCUUUCUUCGAUUGUGGGUUCAAAAGCGAUUGCAACGAGCGACUUGAGAACAUGGAUUCUGGUUAAUUCGACGAGAUAUGGUGUUAUAAUCGAUACAUUCAUGAGGGCUCAUGUAUUCUUGCUCUUUCGGUUGUGUCUGAAAUCGGCUGUGAAAGAAGCUUGUAGAUUGAUAGAGUCUGAUGCUAAUGCUGUUGGUGAGCAGAAGAUUAUGAGCUGCAAAAGUAGAACAUUUGAGUGUCCAGUCUUGAUUCAAGUGUUGUCUUGGUUAGCUUCUCAACUUGUUGUCUUGUAUGGAGAAGGAAAUGGGAAGUAUUUUGCUUUGGACAUGUUUAAACAGUGCAUAGUAGAAUCUGCCUCUCGGGUAAUGUUGUUUCAGUCAGAAGGAACAAGACCUAAAUGCUCUGGAGUUUUCGAGGAUUUGGAUGAUGCAAGCUUGAGUAAUAAGGAUGUGAAGAUGGAGAAGCCCUUUGAAAAUAGUUCAGGUGGGGAAGGUGGCAAAACUUUGGACAGUCCACAGGUGAUUUCUGUGUCUCGUGUUGCAGCAGCUGUUGCAGCUUUGUAUGAAAGAUCCUUGCUUGAAGGAAAAAUAAGGGCAGUUCGAUAUGCCCAACCACUAACAAGAUAUCAGCGGGCGGCUGAGCUUGGUGUUAUGACAGCUAAAGCUGAUGAGGAACGGAAUAGACGUUGUAGCUACCGACCUAUUAUCGAUCAUGAUGGUCUUCCGAGACAACGCUCAUCAAAUCAGGAUAUGAAUAAAAUGAAGACAAGGGAAGAGCUUUUAGCAGAAGAGAGAGAUUAUAAGCGUCGGAGAAUGUCAUACCGUGGAAAGAAGGUGAAACGAACGCCUCGACAGGUGUUACAUGAUAUAAUAGAAGAAUAUACAGAAGAAAUUAAGUUAGCAGGAGGUAUUGGGUGUUUUGAGAAAGGAAUGCCAUUACAAUCCCCGUCUCCUAUAGGCAGCGAUCAGAAAGAAAGUGACUUUGGAUACAAUACUGCACCACCAACAUCAACAGACGCAUCAUCAAGCUUCUAUAAGCAAUGGAAAGGAGAGAACCGUGCAGCUAUUGAAUAUCCAAUGGAUGAUAGAAACAAUUCAGAUAAAGUAAAGCGGCAUGUUGAGUAUGAUUCAGGUAGCUCACAGAGACAACAGAGUCACAGAUCAUAUAAGCACGGUGAUCGAAGAGAUGACAAGCACAGUGAUCGUAGAGAUGACAAAUUCACAAGGAGCGAACGACAUAGCCUUGAAAGGAAAUCUUAUCAUCGAAACCACAGAUCAUCUCGUGAGAAGAGUUCUUCAGAUUAUAAGACCAAAAGGGAUGAUCCUUAUGACCGCCGCAGUCGGGAACCUAGAAAUCAAAAUUCUUUUGAAGAUAGAUACAUACCAACAGAAAGGGAAUGAACUUAAAAGAAGCUAUCUCUUGCGUUUAUAGAUUCACUGUAGUUGCCAUUCCUGUCUAGAUAGUUUCAGUUUCUUUUUUCUUCUUUGGUUGUGACAGAUUGAAGUUAAUUCAAGUAUGUUCUUGCUAUGAAGAAGCCAUGAGCCAUGAGAUUGCUGGGAAGAAGUGCCAAACUCCAUAAUUGUGAGAGACUGCAAUGUUUUAAGUCUGUUGUUACUUGUUACUUUAGAAAACGGUUGUAGACGACAGCACACCAGUUUAAGUGAUGUAACCCGUACUGAUUUUUGCC